UAAAUAACAGCAGCACGCACACGACGAGGAGCACUUCCGUCUGUGGACAAGCUAACUAACUAACGAGAAAAAGCAACAUUCUUCGUGGGAAGAAUGAGCAAUAUUUAUAUUCAAGAACCGCCCACGAAUGGAAAGGUGUUGUUGAAGACCUCAGCAGGUGAUAUUGACAUCGAGUUGUGGGCCAAGGAAACACCUAAAGCCUGCAGGAACUUUGUGCAACUCUGCUUGGAAGGUUACUACGAUGGCACCAAAUUCCACAGAGUGGUGCCUGAGUUCAUCGUCCAGGGUGGGGACCCGACUGGGACCGGGACCGGAGGAGAGUCCAUAUACGGGAGGACGUUCAAGGAUGAAUUCCACUCCCGCUUGCGCUUCAACCGCCGGGGCUUGGUUGCCAUGGCGAACGGCGGGCCGCACGACAACGGCAGCCAGUUCUUCUUCACGCUGGACCGCGCCGACGAGCUCAACAACAAACACACCAUAUUCGGCAAGGUGACGGGAGACACGGUGUACAACCUGCUGAGGCUGGCGGAGGUGCAGUGUGACGCCAACGAGCGCCCGCUCAACCCCCACAAGAUCAGAUCCGCAGAGGUGUUGCAUUCUCCUUUUGACGACAUCGAGCCGCGGGAAACCAAGAAGGGGAAAAAGGACAAAGAAAAGGAAGAAGGAAAGAAGUCCCAGUCCAAAGCUACAAAGAACUUCAGUCUGUUGUCGUUCGGGGAGGAGGCGGAAGAGGACGAGGAGAUGGUCAAUCAAGUUAGUCAGAGCCUGAAAGGGAAAAGCAAGAGCAGCCAUGACCUGCUGAAGGACGACCCCAGACUCAGUUCUGUUCCUGUGGUGGAAAAAGGCGAGAAGGCGUCGGGGGAUGAGUCGGAGGUGGAUGGUGAGAAGACCAGCGAGAUGGUGAGAGCCAAGCUGCAGAAAGGAGAGAAGAUGGUGGAGAGAGAGAAGGAGGAUGAAGAGGCGGCGAGGAAGAAGAGCAGCCGCAGCGAAGAGCUGCGCAAAGAAGUCCGCCUUUUGAAGAAGGAGCUGAGGGCUUUAAAGCAAAGGGAAGACGGCCCCAAGCCGGUGGAGGAGGAGGUGAAGGAGGAGGUGGAAAAGCCCACCAGCGAGGCGGUGGCCGAGUACCUGGAGGAGAGGAGGAAGUACGAGGAGAUGAGGAAGGGCAAGAAGAAGAAAGGCUCGGGCAGAGAAGAGCAGACCAUGGAUCUGCUCAACCGCUUCAAGUCCAAGCUGUCCUCGGCCAUCAGCGACGCUCCCGAGGAGGAGGAGGACCAGGACCAGUUGGCCGAGGACGACGACAAAGGAUGGCUGGGUCACGUGCUGCAGUGUGACGACCAGAGCCAGAAGGUGAAGGACGCCAGCAUGCAGGACGAGGACACCUUCGAGAUCUACGACCCACGCAACCCCGUCAACAAGCGGCGGCGGGAGGAGAGCGAGAAGAUCCUGAAGGAGAAGAAGGCCAAGAGGUGAGGAGGGGGUGGAAGGUCACACCCAACCCUGAAGGCCAAGAGGUGAGGAGGUCGGACCUCAUCCUGUAAAGUCUGCAUUCAGGAUGUGACGCUGCAGGUCAUGUGACCAAUAAAGGUGUAUUUUAACCAGC